AUGAUAUUAUUCAGAUUCGCUUAUAUCACUUUAAUAACCAACUUCUUCAUUUCGUUAGUUUAUUCCACUCCUACAUCGGUUCUGAAGUAUAGUGCAGGUCAUUUACAUAUACCGAUUAAAAAGGUGGAUAACUUAUCGAAGAGAAAGCUCCAACGGCGUAAAAGUACUGAGAUCGACUUACAGCAUGAAUCAGGAAUUUAUUACUCAGCGAUACUUGAAAUAGGUACUUCCCAUCAAGAAUUACCGGUUCUGUUUGACAGUGGAUCCUCUGAUAUGUGGGUCUCUAGUUCUUCUAAUCCCUACUGUCUCGAAAGCGAGGGAUACGUCAAUCAGACAUAUAAUGGUGAGACAGUUACUCCUUUUAUUGAUUGUAAAGCUCUGGGGACUUUUGAUUACAAUGGUUCAUCAUCAUUCGAACGGUUAGAUAUCGGACGCUUUUACAUCAAAUAUAGCGAUGAAUCUUUUGCAGAUGGAUUUUGGGCCAAAGAAAAAUUGCGUCUCAAUGGAAUCGAUAUCUCAACCUUACAAUUCGGUGUAGCAGAUUACGCGACUGUGCCUGUUGGGGGUGUCCUGGGAAUAGGUUUUCCUAGAAGGGAAUCAGUUAAAGGGUAUGAUGAUGCACCAAAUGAAUUCUACCCAAACUUCCCUCAAGUACUCAAAAAUGAAGGUGUCAUCGGUGUGGCUGCUUACUCUAUGUUUCUAAAUGAAGUAAGCUCAGAUGCAGGAUCCAUACUAUUUGGUGCAGUCGAUCCAACAAAAUACACCGGAUCUCUUUAUACUUUUCCAAUGGUAAAUGAGUAUCCCAAUGUGGUUGACAAGCCAGCAACUUUGGCAAUGACAUUACAAGCUCUUGGUGCUAAGAGCGACAGCAGUUGCAAAUACAAAACUUUCACAACUACUAAACAAGCAGUGCUGUUGGACUCUGGUACCACACUGAUGACUGCUCCACCAGAGAUUGCCGAAGAAAUGGCAUUCUUUUGUUGGGGGCCGACGUAUAAUGAGAGCGAGGGUAUCUUUUACUUCGACUGUCCUUCCGAUGAUGAUGACACAGAGUUCAUAUUUGACUUUGGAGACUUGAAGAUCACUUUACCGCUGGCGAGCCUGGUUAUAUCGUCAUCCGGGGACGGACACUGUGGAUUUGGCUUGACACCUGCUUCUUAUUCCAUGACCUUGGGAGCUAUUUUCCUCUCCUCUGCAUAUGUGGUUUAUGACUUGGAUAAUUACCAAAUAUCAAUAGCUCAGGCAAAAUGGGAUGGCAAUCCCUCACAAAAGAGCCGCGUGAGAAUCCCUAAAGAUGGUACAAUUUAUGGGGCAACCAAGGCCACUGCCACUCCAUGGACUACCGAUGAGCCGGUAAAAGUGGACUAUGACAUGUUUGAAGAUCAUUCCUCAUGCAUAGCUUCGCAAAACGAAACAAAUCAAACAUCAAGUGAGUCAAGCUCUUCAAUGACAUCCCCCGUCAACUCUACCUCGUUAUCAUUGCAGGUCUCUGUGACGUCUACAACGGCUGAUUCCCAGCCUACUGCCGAUCAAACUUCUACUACACUAGAUGCCGAACCGUCAUCAAUAGUAUUUCCCGAUGAUAAUAAGGCUGUCACCAUAGUUGUGACAGCUACAACGACCGUUGCCUCAAGCAAUAUGUGCCAAUGCACUUUUUAA